AUCCCAUUUAUUCUGUGAACACUAUUCUUCCACUUAUCUUUUUUUCCUGUGUCCAACUGAACACACAUGCAGUCUCCACUGCUUUCUCAUUUCCAGGGAAAGAAGAGGGUUGCUGUUUUGGUGAUGGUUGGUGGUAUAUUUUAGUGAUCCUUUCAUUGUGAUAAAGGGAAUUUGGAAAUGGAGUCAAGUAGUAAAGAGCAGAAGCGAUCAAUUGAUGUGUUUGAACCAUCUGUGACUCGUAAUGAUGGAUGGCCUGCUGGUACUAGGAGGGAUGAUGGGAAUGAUGUGCAAGUACUUUCAGUGCAAGGAGAACCAGGUGGGAAUCAGACUGGCAGUAAAUGGAUGGCAUUUGAGCUUGAGCCAGACAAAUCUCACAUCACUUCUGCUGACCAUGGUAGUACAGGCUUGGCGGGAAAUUCCAAGGGAACAGAAGAUGGUGACAACAUGAAGAAAAGGAUUGAGAUGGAGGCUAGUAUUGCUGAAAGAACUGCAGAAUGGGGACUUAUGGUUAGGACAGAUGUUGGUGAAGGUAGCUUUCAUGCCAUAGGUAUGGGGGCAAGGGAUCUAUCUGGAGAAGGAGAAAGAAGUAAGAAUUCGCUAGAAAGAUCUUCUGUUGGAUCAGCAAGAAUAUCGGAGGAGUCUAGUGUUGGAUCUGAAUUUCCAAGGGUGUCCCAGGACAUAAAGGAUGCUUUGGCAACACUGCAACAGACAUUUGUUGUUUCUGAUGCGACAAAGCCAGAUAUCCCUAUUGUGUACGCGAGCAGUGGCUUUUUCACAAUGACUGGCUAUACUUCAAAAGAGGUUAUUGGGAAGAAUUGCCGUUUCCUACAGGGCCCUGAUACAGACCAGGAUGAGGUAGCGAAAAUAAGGAAUGCAGCAAGAACAGGAACAAGCUAUUGUGGGAGGCUUCUAAACUACAAGAAGGAUGGCACCCCAUUUUGGAAUCUGCUGACAAUCACUCCAAUCAAAGAUGAUAAAGGAAGAACCAUAAAAUUUAUUGGAAUGCAGGUUGAGGUCAGCAAAUACACUGAAGGGGUGAACGAUAAAGCUCUACGGCCUAAUGGAUUACCAAAGUCAUUAAUUCGUUAUGAUGCUCGUCAAAAGGAAGUUGCUUUAGAUUCCAUCACAGAGGUUGUACAAACCCUGAAGGAUCCACGGCCCCACAAAAGGUCCCAGAGUCAUGACACUGUUGCCAUGACUGAAUAUGAGAAGUUAGAUUACAUGCUCCCUGGACCAGCUGUAAUGGAUAAUAAAGGUACCCCUAGGCGACAAAGUACUGAGCUGGGUUCAAAAAUUAACUUAUCUCAUUCAGGUUCUCAGCAAGACACAAGGAACAAGUCCAGUAAGUCGGCGCGCAUUUCAUUAGGGGGGCCCAAAAGGAGGUCUUCAAGCAAUGCAGGUAUUAUUGAAAAUCAACAAGUUAUGGAGCCAGAGAUUUUAAUGACAAAAGAAAUUCAACGGACAAACAGUUGGGAACAAGCUGAAAGAGAAAGGGAUAUACGUCAAGGCUUUGACUUGGCAACAACAUUAGAACGGAUUGAAAAGAAUUUUGUCAUAACGGAUCCUAGACUUCCUGAUAAUCCAAUUAUAUUUGCAUCAGAUAGCUUUCUUGAAUUGACGGAGUAUACACGCGAAGAAAUUUUGGGAAGGAAUUGCAGGUUUCUCCAAGGACCAGAAACUGAUCAAGCUACUGUUUCAAAGGUGCGGGACGCCAUCAGGGAACAAAGGGAAAUUACUGUUCAGUUGAUUAAUUAUACUAAGAGUGGUAAGUUGCGACUUUUGAUAUCCUCAAAGUACAAGUUAAGAGGACAUCAAUUACUUGUUAAAAAUCUUAACCUGGACUUAUCAAUUCUCUUGGAAUUAUCAGGGAAGAAAUUCUGGAAUUUAUUUCACUUGCAACCUAUGCGUGACCAGAAGGGUGAGCUCCAAUAUUUCAUUGGUGUACAACUGGAUGGAAGUGAUCAUGUUGAACCGCUGAAGAACCGCCUCUCGGAGAGAACUGAGCAACAGAGUGCUAAAUUGGUCAAAGCUACUGCAGAAAAUGUUGAUGAAGCUGUUCGGGAACUUCCUGAUGCCAACUUGAGACCGGAAGACCUGUGGGCUAUACAUUCCCAACCUGUAUUCCCCAAGCCCCACAAAAGGGAUAGCACUGCAUGGGCGGCAAUAAGAAAGAUCACUGAAACUGGUGAAAGGAUUGGAUUGAACCACUUCAAACCCAUACGUCCUUUGGGCUGUGGAGAUACUGGCAGUGUUCAUUUGGUGGAACUGAUAGGUAGCGGUCAACUGUUUGCCAUGAAGGCAAUGGAUAAAUCCAUGAUGCUGAAUCGUAACAAGGUUCAUCGAGCAUGCAUUGAAAGAGAAAUUAUCUCGCUCUUGGAUCAUCCAUUUCUUCCUACACUAUACACCUCUUUUCAGACACCUACACAUGUUUGCUUGAUAACAGAUUUUUGUCCUGGAGGAGAGUUAUUUGCAUUGCUUGACAAACAGCCGUUGAAAAUGUUUAAAGAGGACUCAGCCAGGUUUUAUGCAGCAGAGGUCGUCAUUGGCUUGGAAUAUCUUCACUGUUUAGGAAUUAUUUACCGGGAUUUGAAACCAGAAAAUAUUCUUCUUCAGAAAGAUGGGCAUGUUGUGUUAACAGACUUUGAUCUAUCAUUUAAGACAGCUUGUAAACCCCAAGUUAUAAAGCAUCCUCCACCAAAGAACAGAAGAUCUAGGAGUCAACCACCUCCAAGUUUUUUUGCAGAACCAAAUACUCAAUCAAAUUCCUUUGUUGGAACUGAAGAAUACAUUGCACCAGAAAUCAUUACUGGUGAAGGUCAUAGUAGUGCUAUAGACUGGUGGGCUCUUGGUAUACUGCUCUAUGAAAUGCUUUAUGGGCGUACACCAUUCAGGGGAAAGAAUAGGCAGAAAACCUUUGCCAAUAUCUUGCACAAAGAUCUCACCUUCCCAAGUAGCAUUCCGGUAACACUCCCAGCAAGGCAAUUGAUUCAUGCAUUGUUAAAUCGAGAUCCUGCCAGCCGUUUGGGGUCAAAUGGUGGCGCAAAUGAGAUCAAGCAGCAUCCUUUUUUUCGUGGAAUACAAUGGCCUCUCAUUCGUUGCAUGAGCCCACCACCACUAGAUGUACCUCUUGAGUUAAUUGGAAAAGAACCAGAUGCAAAGGACAUAAACUGGACAGAUGAUGGAGUUCUUGUACAUCCAAUGGAACUAUUCUAGAGGGCUACCUCUGCUCGUCUUAUCGGAGCAAUUUACUUCAUGUGUGCAGAAGGCAACGACUUCCAUAUGGUACAUGAACACAAAAAACAAUACAGACUCCCAAAUUCCGUUAUUACUUCCGUUUAAGCCCAGUUUGAGAUAGUUUUCCCCUUGGUUUGUUGUGGCUGAGGAGGUGAUGGUAGUGGUGUUGGUUGGAGGGAUAUCAUAUUUGAGCUCGUUUUCCGUAUAUAGUUAUAGCGUGGAUGGCGUCUAGUUCUGCCCUGUCUGUUAUCUCGAUGUAAUAUCAAUUAAUUUCCACUAUAUUGUUGUGCAGUAGCCUCUGACCUGCACUCUUUAUUUCUACUGAUGAAUAAAGAGUUGCUAUGAUGCAACUGGUCUCUGUUGUCCAUAACACAUGUUAUAUAUUCACAGGAAAGAUGAGAACAAUUAUAACUCAAAGGAGAAAUGGUAAUACUCUCCUUUCCAGAAUUAAUGUUCUACUUCUCUGAAAGUGGGAUUUCCGAUUGA